AUGGUAGAGAAACGCGAUCGUCUUCUCGAUUAUGCCAAGGCCCACAACAUUGCAGUUCCCACUAUGGGAGCUGCCUUUGAAGGGUGCUCCAACUGCUCAAUCGAGUAG